AUGGGAUUCUAUGACCUCCUAGAAUCCUCUGACGGUCUGAUCGGACACGGCACAGGGCUUGUUAAUGUCAAUGUCUUCAGGCCCUUCAAGGGUGAAGUUAUCCUUGGAAAGAUCACAAGUGGCACGGAGCAAGGAAUUAAAAUCGGCCUCGAGUUCUUCAAUGAUAUUCUGAUACCCCCUAGUCUCCUGCUUGAUGGAGCCAAAUUCGAUUAUACCGAUCAAGUCUGGGUUUGGGACAACGGCGAAGGUGCCACUUUUUAUUUUGAUAUAGGUGAAACGGUUCGAUUUCGAGUGGAAGCGGAAGAGUGGCAUGACCAGAUUCCCAACGCUCCAGAUAUGCCAGAUGGCUCAUCCGCAGUAGAGCGAAAACCGCCUUAUUCGAUCAUUGGCUCCAUGCAAAUUGCGGGCCUUGGACUUGUUGCUUGGUGGUCGUGA